AUGGGCUCGUGGUUCUCCACCCCCUGGGAUCCGGAAACUGGCGUGCCCGAUCUCAGUGGAAAGGUCGCCGUUGUAACUGGAGCAAAUGCUGGAAUAGGCUACGAGAUCACCGCAGGGCUCGCUCGCAAGGGAGCAAAAGUGUACCUCGGAGCCAGAAACAAGGUCAAAGCAGAAGCCGCCAUCGAGAGACUGCAUACAGAGAACCCCACGAUUUCCCAGGGGAGUCUGAUUUAUUUACCUUUGGACCUAGCGGAGCUCAAUGAGGUCGUGACGGCGACGGACACGGUCAUUGCGAACGAGCAGAGGUUGGAUAUACUAGUCAACAACGCCGGCUUGGCCACUUACAGCUACCAGACGACGUCGGCUGGAUUCGAGAUGACAAUGGGAGUAAACCAUCUAGCCCACUUCCUCCUCACACUUCGCCUCCUACCGCUCCUGAAGCGCACCGCCGCAGACCCAAACUCGGACGUUAGAAUCGUCAACGUCUCCUCCGCAGCCCACACGAUGCUAAUCCCGCCCAACCUCGCCUUCGACACCGCUGCCGACUUCAAAUAUCACGGCCCAACGUCGUACCCCAGCUGGGCCAGUAGACGCGACCUCUUCGCCCGCUACGCCCUCAGCAAGCUCGCCAACAUCCUGUUCGCCAGCGAGCUCCAGCGCCGCAUGGACACCGAGAAGGUCCCGCUCAUCGCAACGUCGUACAACCCCAGCGGAGUCAACACGGAAGGCGGCAUGUCUGUCUGGCCGGCGUGGAUGCGGCCGAUCAUGAGCAGGAUCUUUGCGCCGCCGGCCAAGGGAGCACUGACGGGGCUGUUUGUUGCUGCCGCGCCGGAGGUUAAGCGCGAGGCGGCGAGGUAUAAGGGGAAGUAUUUCAAUGAGAAAGCGAGACUUGAGAAGCCGUCCAAGCUUGCGCAGGAUCCGCAGCUGGCGAGGAAUUUGUGGGAGCUUAGUGAGGAGGCUUUGGAGUCGUUUGUUAAGCUGGGUAAAUGAGGGUUGAUAUUGGUUGCUUCUACCAAGUUUACGCUUUCUAUACGCAUCCAAGGUUAAUG